AACUAAACGCAGUCGUUUCAUUCCCUGCAAACUCGUCUUUCCCAAUUCCCCAAGACCGACCUCGCUACAGAGCAACCACUGUAAGAAAAUGGAGGAGCAAAGCACGAAGAGGACGAAGCAGAAGCAGGGAAGAUUCUGGACAUGGGUCACAGCUUCAGUAUUAUUCAGACUCAUCCUCAUCUACUUCCCCCAAAAUCUCAACCUCUCUUCGCGCCCCGAAGUCUCCACUCCUCUCACCAGCCUUCGUCGCCUGGCCGAAGGAUACUGGUUGAAGCAAUCAUCCAUGUCUCCCUACGCAGGAUCUAUGUACCACGGAUCUCCUUUGCUACUCUCACUUCUUGGCCCACUCACAGUCAAACGAAUUGACGAGCAGCCCAGUCAUCUUCUAUGCAGUUUGGUUUUUGUGGCUGCAGAUAUAUUGAAUUCAUUGCUCAUUCGUGCUACUGGUCAGACUCUUCAGAUUGCAUAUAGGCAGAGUUUGAGAUCACUAGAUCUUGACAUGAUAUCGGAAAUGGAGAUUCUCUCUCCGGGGGAUAUUGCUGCUUUAAUCUACUUGUGGAACCCUUUUACAAUAGCUGCAUGUGUGGGGUUGUCAACAUCUCCAAUUGAGAACCUGGCCAUCAUGUUAGCCCUCUAUGGAGCAUGUAAACGACUGGUUCCCUUGGCUGCUUUUGGAUGGGUCAUGGCAACCCAUCUGUCUCUUUAUCCUAUAAUUCUUAUUAUUCCGAUUAUUCUCUUAUUAGGUAAUGGUCCAGAUACUCCUAGGAAAUUGUUCCUGCUGAGGAGACAUGGUAAAGUUGAAGAAAACUCCUCGAGUGAUAGUUGUCAACAGGAGAAAGUUAUUGAUCAAUCAAAACUACUCGAUGUCUUUUCUUGGAGGCCUGUCAUGCUUUUCUUAGUGUGGACUGUUAUGUGGUCAGUCUAUGUGUUACUUCUAUGUGGCGUAUCGGUUAAACAGUAUGGAGGUCUUUGGGAGAUGUUUACAAGUAUGUACGGUUUCAUUCUCACAGUUCAAGAUUUGUCUCCAAACAUAGGUGUCUUAUGGUAUUUCUUUGCCGAGGUCUUUGAUUUUUUCAGAAAUUUUUUCCUGAUUGUAUUCCAUAUGAAUAUUCUCUUUAUGAUAUUCCCAUUGGCCAUACGGCUGCACCACCGCCCCUGCUUUCUUGCUUUUGUCUACAUUACAAUCUCUUCAAUGCUCAAGUCUUAUCCUUCUGUUGGGGAUUCAGCACUGUACUUUGGUUUGUUGGGCUGGUUUGUUUACGAACUGUCAGAAAUGAAAUUCUCGUUCUUCCUCUUCUGUGUUUAUAUUGGGGUUUCCCUCCUUAGCCCUGUGAUGCACAACCUAUGGAUAUGGAGGGGAACAGGAAACGCAAAUUUCUACUUUGCCACUGCAAUGGCUUAUGCGUGUUUGCAGAUUGUUUUGGUGGUUGAAAGUGUGAGUGCAAUGCUCAAUCACGACAGGAAGUUGAGAAAGCUAUCAAGUGCAAAGCUUCAAGAUGGCAAAUCAUAAUCAGUUUCUAUAAAUACAGUUUCUCUCUGAUCAUUCAACUUCUCAGUAUAUUCCUAGCAGCACCAAGACUAGCAGCUGCAGCACAUAAGCACUUCCUUUAACAGCUGUCAGGCUAUGGUCAUGAUGGAUUGGAAGGUCAUUACCUCUUUCGAGACGCAAUUUAACCAGCAUCUAUAGGGGGUUUUCGUAUCCUGUUUUCCCUCUUUGGUGAAAGGUGGUGUGGGGGUUGGUUUAGUUAAACAUAGAGGAAUUGUAUGGACGGGAUAAAAUAUAUCACACGGCUUUUUCCCUCAAUCCAAACCGAGUACAGAAAGAGAAUUACUGUCAAUAUGCUAUUUAAGAUGUUAAUAGUCUUCGGCUUUUUCCAUCAUGUGUGGGAGUCGAUGCACGUUGCAGAUUUCACAUGUGAGUUGCAUUAUAAUGGUUAAAAUGCGUCAUUUCAAUUAUUGAUUAGAGAAGCAUGCUUGGAGUAUCAAAUAAUCAAUC